UUUUUCCCUCCGCUCUCUGUCUCUCUUUCUCUCUCUUUAUUUUUCUCUUUUUCUCUCUUGUCUUUAACUCUCUCUCAAGAAUUAUUUAAUUUUUUUGUUUAAUUUGUCUAUUUAAUUAAUUCUAAUUAUCAAUUUAAGAUAAUUAAAGUGUCGUGAUUCUGUUGAUAUAUAAAUUGUUUAACUUUAAAUUGAUCUUGAUAUUGUUUUUGUUACCUGAUUGUCUUCUGGGUGUCUCAUGUGGCAUCAGCCUCCAUCAGUAUCUGCCAGUCUAUGGUAGCUUAUUAAAGCCGCUUUACUCAAUUUGUGAUUGUUCAUGUUGUUUACUACCCUAGGAAUUAAUAAUAAUUAUAAAAAUAAUAAUACAAUUAAUAGUAAAAGUACUGAUAGAAAUUGUAUCACCACCACCAUGGAUUCAAGUGGACAUAUUAAAGUUGAAGAGACAGAUAUUCCGGAUGAAGAGACCGGUUUCCCUGGUUCCAUGAGAGGCCAUGUUAUCCGUGGUAAAUUUAUACCGAUAAACAAGAAAACAUGGAUUAAUAUUGAUAUUGAUGGGAACGAUUCUAUUCUGGAUUGUGCCUCUCAAGUGGUACCUUUGAUGAUUAAAAAGCCUAAUAUCUUUCCGCCCAAAUUGGCUAAACCAGAGGAUGUCAAAGGAUCAACCGUUAAAGAAGAUGAAGAUGAUGAAGAAGAGGAAAAAGAGGAUGUUAAAGAAGAUGAAAUUGAGGACAGUGAGAAGAUUAAUAAAGAGGAUAAGAAAGAGGAAAAUGAUGAAGUGGUCAUCGAAUCAGAUAGUGAGGAUAAAAAUGAGUCUCAGUCAGUAUCGACCACCGCCACCUCCUCCACCACCACCACCACCACAACUACAACUACAAACAACACAACCACCAAUACCAACACCUCCACCACCACCACCACCACCGUUGGAUCAAAUCAAUUAUCAAAGACUGGUCAACAAUCAUCUGAAUCUGGACAAGAUAAUAAAACACCAACAGAGUCAAACAAUUUAACGAUGCUCACCAUCUCUGAUUAUUAUAAAUCAUCGGCUGGAAAUUUAUUAAUGGGUAUUGGACUUAGUAGAUCUAAAGAAUGGUACCAUAAGGAUGUUAUUAGACAAUUACAUAGAUCAAUUAGGAAACAAGGAGAAGUUGAUGAUCUUGUUGAAGAAUUGAAAAGACAACAACAAUUGUAUAAUGAAUGUAAAGCCGCUAAUAGCAUAUUCACUUUCCCAUUGAAAAGGUGUCAUAUGUGUGAUUUUAAAACGGAAUCCGAAGUAGCAAUGGAUGGACAUCUUUCCAUACCCCAUUUAAGUAAUCGUAAAGAGUAUAGAUGUAAUUUUUGUGUCUUCUCAACUCGUGAUACACAAAUAAUUGUAUCUCACUUUAAGGAUACUCAUAAUCGUCAAUGUAUCUUGGAAUCCCCACCAUUGAUUAACUCUUGUCCUAUCUGUCCAUACGAGUCAAGUCAAAAAGCUAAAGCGGCUACACACAUAGCCAAGUGUAUGAAAUUUUUCAAUCCUGACAAGGUUCAAUAUCUACCUGACCCUGAAUCAGAGUAUCCUGCAAUAACACCUAAACCCAUAACCCAAGAUGAUAUAAAGGUUUACGAUGCCACUCUGAUAGCUUUAAGAGCCGCAGCUCUUUCAUCCAAUAAUCAAUUACCCAAUUUACCUGGUUUACCCAGAGGACUUCAGCAUCAAAUGUUAAUGAUGCAACAACAACAAGUUGCCCUACAAAGCAAAGCUAUGCAGAGAGCUAACAAAAUAAUUCCAGGUUUAAAAUCAAAUCCAUCAGCAUUAAGAAAUGCAGCUAAUUUUGAUAUAACAUCUAAUCCUAACUUUGCUAAAUCAAAUGCUCCCCAACUGUAUCAUAUGUUACAAGCCGGUGGUCAUACACAAUUGGUACCUGUACAGCAAAGUAAAUAUCCACCGGGAGUUAAUUCAACCACCCACCUACAGGCAGUUAAAGGUAGAGUGAUACCUGGUGCCGGUGCGUUAUUACAGAAAAGCCCUGCGGGUAUGAGGCCUAAUGCCACCGACACCAUUGACUCUCCGGCUGGAAAAGGAGGAACUUUUGUUAUUUGUGAGAUUUGUGAUGGUUACAUUAAAGAUUUGGAACAAUUGAGAACUCAUAUGCAGUGGAUUCAUAAAGUUAAAAUUCAUCCAAAGAUGUUGGCAAGUCGCCCCCCACUUAAUUGUCAAAAGUGUCAAUGGAGAUUCUUUACAGAUCAAGGAUUAGAGAGACAUCUAUUAGGAGCCCAUGGAUUAGUUACAUCUAACAUGCAAGAUAUGGUUGAUCAAAAUCAAGAUGGCGGUCGAUGUACAAUCUGUGGUCGUAUAUCAGCUAACAAACUAGUGGCUCAUAUGAACCAGGUACACAAAAUUACCUUGCGACCCGCUCUUCUUUCCUAUAAGUGUACAGUUUGCUCGGCAACCUUCAAUUUAUAUCGUCUAUUUGAAAAUCAUGUCUACAUGGUUCACAGUGGAUCAGUAAAGAGAAAUCUGGACGAUUCCAAUCAAUCUUUAGUUAAAAAACAAAAAACCGGAUUAAAUGGAUCCGAAUGUCAUAUGAAAAAUUAAUUAUUAAUUCUCCCUUUUCUUCUCUCUAUCUCUUUCUCUCUCUGUCACUAUUUCUCUAUCUAUAUCUCUGUCUUUUUCUCUCUCCAUCUUUCAAAAUUCACAAACAAAUUACAAAAUCACACACACACAUACACACACACACUCUCUCUCUCUCUCUCUCUCUCUCUACACCACCAACUUACCUUUCGCCUUAAUUUUGUCUCAAAAAUUACCCCUUUCCACUCACAUUUCACACAUUAAAUUGACAAGCUGAUAUUUAUAUAUAACAUUUAAAAAAUACAAGAAAAAAAGUCUCGUAAUUACAAAGUUUUAUUGCAAA